AUGUCCGAAAACAAAGUUAUUCUUCAUUGGUUAAACUACUCCCGAGCAACUAGAAUUGCAUGGUUAUUAGAAGAAUUGCAAGUCCCCUAUAUAUUAAAAGCCUAUAAACGAGACUCUCACUUCCGAUCCCCUCCAGAACUAUUCAAACUUCAUCCAUUAGGUAAAUCCCCCUUACUUGAAGUUCCAAGUCCUUUAUCUAAUGAUUCUAAAAUAAUUGCUGAAUCAGUAAAUAUUGCCAAUUAUAUUUUGGAAAAAUACGAUACUACUAAUAAACUUAUCCCAAUUGAUGGGGAUGAAAGACUUCAGAUGAAUUAUUUUCUUAAUUAUUCAGAAGGGACAUUACAACCAGUAAUGGUAUCAUUAUUGCUCAAUCAUUACGCUAAGACAAAGGCACCCUUUGGAACUAGGUUCCUAGUUGGAUUAGUCGUAGAUGCGAUGAAUAACGCAUAUUAUAAGCCUGAAUUAAUCAAGAAUCUCAAUUUUUUGGAAGAUACUUUAAAGAAACAGAAUGAAGUGGGUAGUGACUAUUUCGUGGGGAAGAAAUUAUCGGCGGCGGAUAUUAUGUUGUCGUUUCCGAUAUAUCUCCGUCAUCCAGAAACAUGGAGAGGUCCAUUAGCACUUUUUGACGUCCAUCCGACGGGCAAAGCCCCCAUCCUAGAGGUAAUUUUCGGUGAUGGAAGACCCCCCAUAAAAUUGGCGGAAACUGGACAUAUAAUGCAAUAUUUAUUACGUAAUUAUGAUCCAAAAUAUAUUCUAACACCAUUAGAUCCCAAUGAACAAUUACAAGUUGAUUAUUUUUUACAUUUUGCUGAAGGAUCUUUUCAAAAUUUACAAAUUUCAUUAUUGGUAAAUUCGGUUGCAAAACAUGUUGCCCCAUUUGGUUUCCAAAAAAUGACAAAAAUGAUUACGAAGUUUUUGAAUAAUGGAUAUUAUAUUCAUGAAUGGAGAUUAUAUAUGCAAUAUUUGGAUGAUUUAUUGAAAGAGAAUGGAACUGGAUAUUUUGUUGGUUCUAAAUUAACUGCUGCUGAUGUCAUUUUAACGUAUCCUAUAUAUGAGAAUGUAUUUGAUAAUUUAGAUGGAGCGGCUGAGAUUCUUCAUGAUAAACGAGAUUUAAAGAAAUUAUAUCCAAAUUUAGCUAAUUGGAGUAAGAUGAUUAGAAGACAUCCAAGUUAUUCUAGGAUUUCUCAAAUGAUGGAUGAAGAAGUUGAAGAUUUGAUUUUAUCUAAACCACAAUUUACCUAUCUUGAUAAGUGA